AAAGAUUGAUGGGGAUGUCAUUGGUUCUCAAGUGCAAAGCGCUAUUCAGGUUUAUGAGGAGGCUCUGGAAAAUGUGCGUUCGGGCAUGAUGUUUGAUCUGUACAUAAAGUUUCUGAUGGAUGUUAUUUCUCCUAGAAGUGGUGAAACUGGAGUUUUGGAGUUAGCUAGUUAUACUGCAGAUUACAUUACACAUCUGCAGGGAGUUUAUCAAAGGGCGGAAACAAUAGGGUGCAUGACUGAGGAUCUUGCUUGCAAAUAUAUUUCUUUUCAUCUGCAACUUGGAAGAUUGCAUGAUGCCAAGCAACUAGCUGAGAAGCUUUGCUGUGGAAAAUUUUCAGAUUCGAUAGAGCUAUGGCUUUUAAGGGCCUCAAUAGAAGUUAGAUGUCUUUCGAGGAAUUUUCCAUCCUCAAGUGAGGCUGAUAUACAUUCUAUAUUUAAACUCCUAAAGGGUGUCUUAAUAAAGGUGCCAAUUUCAGAGGCUGAGAACUUAUGGCUGAUGGUCCUUAAACUUUUCAUGAAUAAGAGAAAAUAUUUUGACAAGCUGGUGGAGAUUUCUUUUGUUUCGAUAGUUAAAAAUCUUGACAGUGAAAGUGGAUUUUCUCUCUCCUCUGCAAUCACAAAUUUUGUUCUUCAGAAGGAUGGAAUUCAGCAUGCAAGGGAGAUGUAUAAGCGAUUUCUUGCCCUACCCCAUCCAGGUCUUAUGUUAUAUAGAAACUGCCUUGAAAUGGAAAGAAGCCUUGCAUCUCUUGGUGAUAAAGAUUGUCUGAUGAAUGCCCGGAAGUUAUAUGAAUCUGCACUUGCAAGUUAUGACCAAAACGUGAGCUUGUGGCGAGAUUACUAUGCUAUGGAAGCUAAGGUAAGCUUUUGCUGGUCUACUUGCAUGCAUCAGCAGGGUCGAACCUUCCUAUCCAUCUCUUACUUUCUUGUUGGUGCAUCACUGUAAGUUCUUGAUAUACGUUGUUGCCAAACCCAACUAAACAUUAAGAGUUAAGAGUAAGAUUUCCUAGAAAAUUAUGAGAAAAUCUCGCUACUGUUUCUUACUCAAUUAGUAUCAUAAGAAUUUUUAUACAUCUUGUUUGGUUAAUUCCUAAUUUGAUCAUACUUUAUUC